UGCAGCAUGCUAAGACCCAGAAUGAACUGCAGUAAGACCCCUGACUUUGUCCUCUUGGGGCUGUCCAGUGACCCAAAGCAACAGCAGCUUCUCUUUGGGCUCUUCCUGGCUCUCUACUUGAUGGGCCUCCUAGGGAAUUUGCUACUUCUGCUGGCGAUUGGUGCUGACAUGCACCUCCACACUCCCAUGUACUUAUUCCUCAGCCACCUCUCCCUAGUGGACCUCUGCUUCACUUCUACCACAGCUCCCAAAAUCCUAGAGGCUUUGUGGACCAGCAAUGGAUACAUCUCCUUCUCUGGAUGUCUGGUCCAAUUAUACUUCUUUGCUGUUUUUGCUGAUAUGGACAACUUGCUUUUGACUGCCAUGGCUAUUGACCGCUAUGCAGCCAUCUGCCAUCCUCUGCGCUAUCCAAUCAUAAUGACUCCUUGCAGAUGUGGGCUGCUGGUGAGUGGGUCAUGGGCAGUGGCCCACUCCAUCUCUCUGAUCCAUACCCUGUUGCUAUCCCAGCUAUCCUUCUAUACUAAUCAAGAGAUUCCCCACUUUUUCUGUGAUCUUGGUCCACUCUUAAGGCUUUCCUGCUCUGAUGCCCAGCUUAAUGAGGACUUGGUGAUGGCUUUGACUGGGCUUUUAGGAAUCAGCCCUCUCCUCUGCAUCAUAAGCUCAUAUGCCCAUAUUUUCCAUGCUGUGGCUAGGGUUCCAUCAGCACAGGGGAAAAAGAAAGCCCUGGCUACAUGCAGCUCCCACCUCUCCAUGGUCAUCCUCUUCUACAGCACAGUCUUUGCCACCUACUUGAAGCCCCCAUCAACCACUCAUUCCUCUGAGAAGCUGGUUGCUGCUGUUAUGUAUACCCUGGUAACUCCUACUCUAAACCCUUUCAUUUAUAGUCUAAGAAAUAAGGAUGUGAAGAGUUCACUGAAAAGGAUUCUGGGCAUGGAGAGUUCUCAGGAUUAA